AUGAGUGUCGACGUCAAUGCGAUAUGGCUCCUUCGGAGAAGUUUUUGCAAAGCAGCAAAUUCAGGCCGGGUGAAGUCUUCUCUUUUCGCGUUUCGCACAUAUUUUGAGCCGAGUAUAAAGGGCAUGCAUGCACUUAGUGGUGGGGCUCGAGGGCUAGGGAGAAACAAUUGGUCGAGUGUAGUUCCGGCUGUGGUCAAUUAG